UAAUUAUUUUGUUUAUAAAAUAUUUUUUUAAAUGUGCGAAAAUGGCCAUCCUAUCAUGGUAACCGUGACAACAACGAUGGGCUCAGUGAAAUCAGCUGGACUGUCUGUUCUUCUUCUGCUGUCUUUUCUUCUUUACAUAGCUGACUCUUACCCCAACAUUGACUUAUCAAACAUGGGCUGCGAGGAGUGCACACUGAGGAAGAACAGUGUUUUCUCCAAGGAUCGUCCCAUCUACCAGUGCAUGGGAUGCUGCUUCUCCAGAGCAUACCCAACACCUCUCAGGGCCAUGAAGACCAUGACCAUCCCCAAGAACAUCACCUCGGAGGCUACAUGCUGUGUCGCAAAGCACAGCUACGAGACGGAGGUGGCCGGCAUCAGGGUGAGAAACCAUACAGACUGCCACUGCAGCACCUGCUACUUUCACAAGAUAUGAAGAUUGAGACUUGGCAACAAAUCGUGUGACAUUUGCACAAGCUCAUUCCUGUUUUAAAAUGUCUGUCCCAUGUGUUAACAUAGGUAAUAUUUUUGUAGCAGUUCUGUUU